ACACUUCGUGCUUUUCCGGACAGCGUCGCCAUCUGCUUUCUCGUCCUUCUCCAAUCUCCGUGUUGUUGUUCGCGGUGACGCGGCGGAGGUGUAGCCUGACGCGGGCUCUUACGUGUCGGCCAGAAUAAAAGUGGAGCUCCGGAGGCCCUGGAGUGACGAAGGGAGUCUGUAUCGCUCAGCCCAUGAAGAUGGAAUCGGCAGUGGAGGCUCAGCAGAGCGCAGAGACUGCUGUGACUGAGACGGAGAGCCAGCAGAUCACGCCGGCACAGAUCGCCACGUUGGCUCAGGUAUCCAUGACGGCAGGCCACGCCUCGGCAGCGGGUCCCACAGUAACGCUGGUGCAGCUCCCCAACGGACAGACGGUCCAGGUCCACGGCGUCAUCCAGGCUGCACAGCCGUCUGUGAUCCAGUCUCCACAGGUCCAGGCUGUACAGAUCUCCACUAUCGCAGAAAGUGAGGACUCGCAGGAGUCGGUAGACAGCGUGACCGACUCCCAGAAGCGCAGAGAGAUUUUGUCUCGACGUCCUUCAUACAGAAAAAUCCUGAACGACCUGUCGUCUGACGCGCCGGCUGUCCCUCGUAUCGAGGAGGAAAAAGCUGAGGAGGACUCAUCCGCCGCGGCCGCCACCCCCACCAUCGCCACGGUUACGGUGCCCACGCCCAUCUAUCAGACCAGCAGCGGCCAAUACAUCGCCAUCACACAGGGAGGGGCCAUUCAGCUGGCCAACAACGGUACAGAUGGAGUCCAGGGCCUGCAGACUCUGACCAUGACCAACGCCGCCGCCGCCGCCCAGCCCGGAGCCACCAUCCUGCAGUACGCUCAGACCAGCGACGGCCAGCAGAUCCUCGUUCCCAGCAACCAAGUGGUGGUCCAAGCGACCUCUGGAGACGUUCAGGCCUACCAGAUCCGGGCGGCCCCCGCCAGCACCAUCGCCCCCGGGGUCGUCAUGGCCUCGUCCCCGGCCCUGCCCACCCAGGGGGCAACCGAGGAGGUCACCAGGAAACGGGAGGUCCGUCUCAUGAAAAACAGAGAGGCGGCUCGAGAGUGUCGCAGGAAAAAGAAGGAGUACGUGAAGUGUCUGGAGAAUCGAGUGGCUGUCCUGGAAAACCAAAAUAAGACACUCAUCGAAGAACUGAAAGCCCUUAAAGACCUUUACUGCCAUAAAUCUGAGUAGUUCCUCUCAUGAGCGUCGAGCUGGGCCAAGUAGCAUUUCAAUUCCUUUCAAAUACCUUCGACUGUUCUAUCCUGCCUGACUGGCCUUUUCUGCUGUGUUUGGUUGAGAAUCACUCCCUCCUCCCCGUCGGUAUGAUAACUUUAACUUAUUUACUGUCACACUGGUUCAUGGUUUUACUUUAAAAAGGGCUGACUAAACCUUAAAGCUCUAAAACAACACGCACUCUCUCUCAAAACACUGUUUCCUCCACACCUGAGUUCUCGUCAUAGUUCUGACUGAUGAUGGUUUCUGCUGAGGCGCUUCAAAACAAAACAAGUCCAAUGAUGCCAAGAAAAUAUUGUUUUUAAAUAUUCUUCAAAAUCUGUUGUUUUUGACGUCAGGUCAAACUAAAAGGUUCCGUUUUCAUGAAGAUCUGCUGACUGUGAAAGUUCAGGAAUGAGCUGUUUGGGUUCUGCUACAACAUUGGACUGGUACAGUAUCUGUAUUUACUCUGAGCAAUAAUCCCUCAUCGCCGCUGUUACUGUCGUUAUCUCUGCUUAAACAUUAAACAAUUACACUUCUAACUUCACGUCCAUAAGCUUGACUUAGAAAGUUUUCUGGUCAAAACUAUGACAAGACUCCGCAUGUAAAAAACCUUUUUCUUACAUUCAUAAUGGAAACGACUUUAAAAAGCUGCUCUGCUGUCUUAGCUCUGACUGGCUGAGCGUCUGGUACAUUUCUGAUAUGGUUUACAGCUCGUUUAAAGUCACUCUGAGUCUCACAGCAGUUAGGCCUCGGUUGUUUGAACGAAUUGUGAAGUUCUACUUGAUCCACAGGGAGCUCUGGAAGUGUUUCCAAAGACGCUACGAACUGCCGAUCAGAGGUCGAACACGAGUGUGUGAGUGUGUGUUUGUUAGCAGAUGUAUUGUAGUCUGACGUCACACCGAAUCCCUCGCACUGUCUGAUCAAGCAGCAACAUCGGUUCCAGCCAAAGUCAUGAAAAGAAAGUUUUAACUCAAGCUCUUUAUAAGAACAGAAAACUACACAGUGACGCGAUGCUGCUUUCAAAUUCAGCUUUGGCUGAACUCUAAGCAGCUUUUCACAGAGCGUAAAGAUGUUGUCAGAACUGACGUGGUUUCAGCUCUGCCCCAUAACUGUUAUCUGUACAGAAAAGAAAAAAAGGGACAAAAAUUUGAAGCAGGUUGCAUUAAAGAGCACAUUUAUUGAGCGUGUUUAACACGAGAUGUUGACCUAAUUUUAAAUUAGGCAUUGUCACAUCAGGUUACUAUAAGAAAAAAAAAAAAAAAAAGAGAAAUGAUCAUAAUGAUCAAAGUCACCAUUUUUUACUCUGACUAUCAGAUUUUGGGAGUUUCCCAGUGUUUUAGUUUGGGCAGAAUGCCAGUGAAUUCAGAUUGUGACCACAUGGCAGACGGAGUUCAUCCUGUAACCCGCUGUAAAGCACGGGUUACAUUUACAUGACUUUAACACUAACGAUGUUGAAAAGGAGAUCACGUUUGUGGGUCUGUGCGUUGUUUUGUUUGUGUUUUUUUGAGAACAUACGUAUGUGUUGGUAUUUGUUUUAUUUUUUUAUAUUUCUGUACAUAGACUCUACAGCAUGUGUAGAAAUCAUGUAUUUCUGUUUCUUUGAUAUGGAAAAUGUUCUUACGGCUUGUACGAAACCAACUUUGCAUAUUUGUAUCAUAUAUCAGUGUAAAGUUGAAAGCUGUGUGUGUGUGUGUGUGUGUGUGCGUGCGUGCGUGUGCGCGCGCAUUCAUGUGGUCCUCCAGGCCGUCAUGGCAGCUAGUGUGUGAGGGGAAAAGGCCUUUGCUGGAGAUGUUGCAGCGCUCUGCUUCAGGUCAGUGGUGUUUGUAUAAAAGAGCGACUCUGUUGAGGCCAGUUGGGGUCAAAGGUCAUUUCAGAAAUCAGUUUUGUUAUAAAAAUGUGUUUCCCCAAUUGUAUAUUAUUGUCAUUGUAUACAUGCUGUAUUUUAUCUGUUUUUAUACUUUUGUCAUGAAAUGAAAGCACUUUUUUUAAAGAUUAUUUCAUACUUUUUUGCUUUUUCGUUGGACUGAAAAGCCACUUCUUGCAGUCAUCAAGCUCAAUUGUUUUUUUGUUUGUUUUUUCCUUCAUUUCAAUUGGUGUAGAAUUGGUGGUUUUGUUCCAGAAACUUUAAUUCUUCACAUUUAUCUCCGGCUGGUUUAUGUUCGAAACAAACAAACCACAUAGAUUCUCUUCACGCCCUAGAAUCUUGUUUAUCCGCCUUGAAAACAAUCAUUGAAUCAGCUUCACAGCUUUUCCAAAUACAUCAGCCGUAACCUUUCAACAGCCUGUCUGAAAGUGUGCAUUCCCCCUUUUUUAGCUCCUGCAUAAAUAACAAACUGUGAAAUGCUGCCGCGCCACACUUUCUCUCAGAAGCAGCAUUAACUGCAGUAUAACAUAACGUUAUGGCUGACUGGUGGAUAAGAACCUCAAGAGAACCGUCUGGAAUCCAGAAUCUAACUCAUGGCGGGAUCACAUAAAGUUACGCAUAAGUGUGAGAACAUUAAUGUCUCCUUUCAGAUGUGAUCUUUGGCGAGUUGGAUUGAUCCAGAGGUUCAUAAAUGGAUCGCGGCGCUCAUGAACCGGUUAUCUUUGUAUAAAGUGUUCCAGAGGAUGAAAUGAAGGCACGUUUUACUGUCUGACCGUAAAGCCUCUGUCAGGGCGCAGGAAACGCUCCGUUACAGAGAAUCUGUGUUUAGAGGGAACUGUGAUCAGUGUCAGGGCUGUAAAAAGUUCUUCUGGAAGCACCUUUUGACACUGGUGCCAUUAUGAUAUCUAAGUUAAUCAGUUUAAGUGUAUUUUCAGGAAAUCUAAAGUAUUUCCACCCUUUGUAAUUCACACACGGAGCGCUGGUGCUGAACUAAAAAGAACCUUGUGAUCAUCUUUUCUUUCUGUUCACUUGAUAUUGUGAGCUCGGUUUUGUGAUGUGAUUCCACAAUAUCUUUCCAGCAAUGCUUUGAUUUCUGUGCCAGACUGGUUUGUACCCAUGGGCCUCAUUUGUGCAUGAAAAAAAAAAAAAAAAAAAAAUCAAUAUCCAUGUGUGUAAAAGUAUAUAUAGAGAGAAUUUCUAGGACAAUAAUAAUGACAUUUUUUCUAACUUUUAAUGUGAUGGGUUUAUAUAUUGCCAUGUUUACAAGUGAUCUAUUUAAAAUGCCAUACAUUAUUCUGUACAUUGUAGAGACGAGGUCACGUUACAUGCUGUUUGUUCGAAAGUCCUAAAAACACACCAGCCCGUUCUUUUAAAGUGCUGUUAUUCUGAUGUUUCAUCACUUUUGUAAAAACGUAAUAUGUCACAAUAAACUGCUCUUGACGAUU